AUGAGCCAACUUGAAAGAGACAGCAUCAAGAGGAUUGUAGAGCGCGCUCGGUACGGUCUUCAGGGACUUCUUAAAGCAGCAGUGGCUUCUCAAGAAAUACGACGCACCCCUUCCCGCUCAAGAUCAUCGGUUGCAUUGAAUAAUGAACAGAUGGAUGGACAUCGACACCCGGCGGAAAUUACAACCAAGAAAGGUAUAACGAACGAACGAAAGCAACGGCGACCCAACAUGGAUAUUGGGAUCCAUUAUGCGGGGGAUACCGAUAUAGACCACAAGGAACUUGUUCGUUCGAUGAACGGGGUUGAAGUAGAGCGGACCCUACUUCUUGAGGAGAGCUUUCGACGGACACUACGUUUCUACGUAGAAGGGUCCUUCUCCCAUGACGACCAAAGAACAACCCUCACGAUCCAGCAAGCCGCCCAGCGUUGCCCGCUGGUGUUCGCAAGUCUCUUCCACAUGCCGGUGUCAGACCUGGGUCUCCAUAUCGGGGGUUCAACUUCACCAACGGAAGAUCAGGACCAAGCACACGAUAUGACAGAUUCCGAAUUAUACUCGGAAAUCAAAGUUCCUAUUCCGUCCGGACCCAACGAUCCUUUUGUCAAGGAACUACGUGGAGCCUACCGCGAGGAGUAUAGCAGACCACAUGUCACCACUCCGGGCAAAUAUGCUCCCCAUUGGUACAAGAAGGUAUCCUUCUUCCAUGGUGGGACAAAACAACGAUACACCCUUUCCGUGGGAGACUACGUUGAAUACCGAAGUCAAGGGAUCGGCCAAGUUCUUGGUUUCUUUACCCACGAACUAAUUCCUCGGGAGCGCCGGGUUUUUGUUCAUCUCCAACCUCUAUCCCACCUAAGUCGAGACGAUUCAAUUCUACUUCUACCGCAAUUCAAACCCCAGCACCAGACCCAAUUAGUCGUCGGACUCACCGGCAUCUCGUAUCGAAAGAAAUACGUCCUGAACACCGCCAAAUCGCAAAGACACUCGCCCGAGCUAUCCGCGCAACAGAAUGAGGAUGGCACAGACGAGUUGGACGUUACCUUGACUUAUUGCACGUGGAAUGUUGAGUUUUUCUAA